UCGCCAUUGAUGAGCCGUGCUAUCGACUCAAUUUUUCGUUCCUUCCACAUCUGUUGCCGUCUUUCCAGGCGGACGAUGACGACGCGGUCGUAUCGAGAGGCCAUCGAUACCCUCAACUCUCUUCAGAGCAAUGCGGCUGCGCUCGAUCUUGUGCGUGCGACUGGAGGCCGGUCAAGCGCGUUUGCCAUCCCAGAAAUGAUAGAAUACCUUGGGAUUAUUGGCUAUAAGCCAGCCGACCUCAACGCUCUCAACGUCAUCCAUAUCACUGGCACCAAAGGAAAAGGUUCCACAAGCGCCUUUACUGACAGCAUAUUGCGAGAAGCUCAUCCGGAGUGGACCAUUGGACUAUACACCUCCCCACAUCUAAUUGCUGUUCGUGAACGAAUACGAGUAAAUGGCAAACCGCUCUCCGAAGAGGAUUUCUCGCGUUUCUUUUUUGAAGUGUGGGACAAAAUAGAGACAAACAAGGUACGUAGCUCACUUCGCUUGGAAACAACACCAGACAAGCCUGGCUACUUCCGCUUCCUCACUCUCGUCGCUUAUCAUGCGUUCCUUUCCCUCAAAGUCGACGCCACAAUACUCGAGGUCGGUGUUGGAGGCGCGCAUGACAGCACAAACAUCGUACCUCGUCCAAUCGUGACUGGUAUUACUGCCCUUGGGAUCGACCAUGUCAAUGUGCUUGGGAAGACGCUGGCUGAGAUUGCAUGGCAGAAGGGCGGAAUAUUCAAGCAAGGUGUUCCUGCCUUGACCGUCAGCCAGCCACCAGAAGGUCUUGAGGUCCUCAAACAACAAGCUACGGAUUUGAAGGCGUCCGAAUUCAAGGUGGUAUCGUCUAUACCGCAACUCUCUGAAAUAGAGCUAGCUCAUGUCCUCCCUGGUUUGGCGGGCAAGCAUCAACAACAGAACGCAACACUUGCGGUCCAUCUGGCUCAAACCUUUUUAAGGGCUCAAGAAGGCUCGCUGUCGGAUACCGAUGUUCUUCCUCCAGUAAUAGUGCGCGGACUGGAGAAGGCACGCUGGCCGGGUCGCUGCCAGACCGUCGAAGAUCCUGUUUACACGAAUACGACAUGGUACCUAGAUGGCGCACACACUUUAGAAAGCCUGGAAUGUUGCGUGCAGUGGUUCGCCAGCCCUGGGGUCGGUCUACGGUCAGAAAUAGGCAAACCACAACGCAGAAUCUUAAUAUUUAACUGCACCAGCGGGCGGUCGGGGGCAUCUUUCCUCGAUGCCAUCCACUCUCACAUAAAAAGCCAACUACAAAUUUUUGGUUCUGACGAGACCCCUUCGUUGUUCUUUGACCAUGUUGUGUUUUGCACCAAUGUAACCUAUGUCGAUGGGGGAUUCAAGGGCGAUCUUACAUCCCUCGCGAUCCCCGAGUCUGACCUCACACAUCUCAAGACCCAACACCAGCUCUCCGCUGCUUGGUCAGAGCUGAUCCCGACAUUCCCUGCUGAAAAUGUUCAUGUGUUGCCCUCCAUCCAACACGCUGUGAACCUAAUACGGCAAUUCGACAAGUCGGAUGGUGACCACACCGCAGUGCUGGUGACUGGCAGUCUGCAUCUUGUGGGCGGGGUUAUCGAAGUGGCUGACUUAUCUUUCUCGCUAUGA